UCUCGCAUAGUAGUACGUCACCGAUGCUGGUGCUUUAGCCAGAGAGGUCGCUUAAUGCUCUACGAGCAGCAGGACUCAGGAGCCCCUCAACGAAAAGACCCUGUCUUCAACAAAAACCCAGUAUUUAUUGGUUUACGUUUCUAAAUUUCAACACAGUCAAAAUGACGCUGCGCAUACGUUUUGGUUGCGCGCUAUUCUGCCUUCUUGCUUCGCGUUUGUGUUCGGCGUUUUAUCUUCCGGGUUUGGCUCCAGUGAGUUUUUGCGAAAACGGCAAAGGCACCGAAGAUUGUCAGACUUUGAUUCAGCUGUUUGUCAAUCGGUUGGAUUCUGUGGAGUCGGUCCUGCCUUAUGAAUAUGACGUGUUUGACUUUUGCAAAGAUGAGGAGGAGAGGCGGCCCUCUGAGAACCUUGGACAGGUGCUGUUUGGCGAAAGAAUUGAAUCAUCACCUUACAAGUUUAACUUCAAUGAAGAAGUCAAAUGUAAGAAGGUUUGCCAAAAGAAAUAUGCCAAGGACAGCCAGCAAGAUGCCACCAAACUGGAUUUCCUUAAAAUGGGAAUGCAACUGAAUUACCAGCACCACUGGAUUGUUGACAAUAUGCCAGUCACGUGGUGCUACGACGUUGAGGAUAAUCAGAAAUACUGCAACCCUGGCUUCCCAAUCGGCUGCCUUGUCGGUGAUGAUGGCAGGCCAAAAGAUGCAUGCGUCAUCAAUUCUGAUUUCCACAAGAAGAGCACAUUUUACGUCUUCAACCACGUAGACCUCAAGAUCACUUACCACAAUGGAGACAAAGACGGAUGGCGCGGAGCUCGCUUGGUGGCUGCCACCAUGGAACCCAAAAGCAUCGAGCAUACGGACGAGCAGAAGCUAGACUGUGAAAAAGCGACCCCAAUGGAGAUCCCGGUCAAGUUUGAAAAUGAUGUCCAGAUUAUUUACACCUACUCUGUCACUUUUGUUGAAAACACCGAAAUCAAAUGGGCCUCCAGGUGGGACUACAUUUUGGUCUCCAUGCCUCACACCAACAUUCAAUGGUUCAGCAUCAUGAACUCUUUAGUCAUCGUUCUCUUCCUGUCUGGAAUGGUCGCCAUGAUCAUGCUGCGCACCCUGCAUAAGGACAUUGCCAGAUACAACCAGGUGGAUCAGGCAGACUUGAUUAAGCUUCCUUCCGCCAAAGAGAAAUCCCUGGCAUACGAGGACGCUCAGGAGGAGUCUGGCUGGAAGCAAGUGCAUGGAGAUGUGUUCCGUCCUCCCAGGAAAGGGAUGCUGCUGUCGGUCUUUGUCGGACAGGGCACGCAGAUCUUCAUCAUGACCUUCAUCACCCUUUUCCUUGCGUGCCUGGGCUUCCUGUCUCCUGCCAACAGAGGUGCUCUCAUGACAUGCUCUGUGGUCCUCUGGGUUUUGCUGGGGACCCCAGCUGGCUAUGUAUCAGCGCGACUUUACAAAACUUUUGGAGGCGAAAAGUGGAAGUCAAAUGUCCUGCUGACUGCGUUGCUGUGCCCUGGGGUUGUUUUUGCCGACUUCUUCCUGAUGAACCUCAUCCUCUGGGUGGAGGGCUCCUCCGCAGCCAUUCCCUUUGGCACUCUCGUGGCCAUUUUGGCUCUUUGGUUUGGAAUUUCGGUCCCACUCACCUUCGUAGGCGCCUACUUUGGAUUCAAGAAACCUCCCAUCGAGCAACCCGUGCGAACGAAUCAAAUUCCCCGCCAAAUUCCAGAGCAGUCCUUCUUCACCAAGCCCAUCCCUGGAAUAGUCAUGGGGGGAAUCCUGCCCUUCGGCUGCAUCUUCAUUCAGCUCUUCUUCAUUCUUAAUAGCAUUUGGUCUCAUCAGAUGUACUACAUGUUUGGAUUCCUGUUCCUGGUGUUUAUCAUCUUGCUGAUCACCUGCUCCGAGGCUACCAUCCUGCUUUGCUACUUCCACCUCUGCGCUGAGGACUAUCACUGGUGGUGGCGGUCCUUCCUGACCAGCGGCUUCACAGCAGUUUACCUGUUUGUCUAUGCAGUGCAUUACUUUUACUCAAAGCUACAAAUCAUAGGAGCCGCCAGCACUAUACUGUAUUUUGGAUACACGAUGAUCAUGGUCCUCAUCUUCUUCCUCUUCACAGGUACAAUCGGGUUCUUCGCCUGCUUCUGGUUUGUAAAUAAGAUCUACAGUGUGGUGAAGGUGGACUGAGAAAUGCAGGAGCUUCACUUGGCAAACCAAACUGCGAUCAAUCAACUGGAUCCGAACAGCUUGUCAUCACUUACCGUAGAUAAGAUCGAAGGUCUGGGCCCGUCCUCUUUUGUGCUAUAAGCCUAUCUCUCUAUUGUUUGUCUUUAUUUUUUUUUUUUUAUAUAUAUAUUAUUUUGUUUUCACUGUCGACUAGUCGUUUGAGUGGAAUUUUAA